AUGGAGUUCCUGCCCGCCCUCCAGCAUGGCAUAGACGACCUCAAGCCCUCGCUGUUUGAACUGCUAUCGGAACAACAACUCUCGUCGCUGCUCCCCCCGUCGCUGCGCUACCUGCUCGCCGUCGCAACGCCCCGGUACCCACGAUAUCUGCUGCCCGUCCUCAAUUCCUUCGAUGAGGUCUACGCGCUGUUGAUGCUCCUCGUCGAGCGCCACUUUCUACGCACCUAUGGCGGCUCCUUUACCGAGAACUUCUACGGCCUCAAGCGCGCCCGUGUGCUGAGGGUGCGAGGCGGCGAGAUCCCCCGCGCCCAGCUGGGCGCAUCCGACAGCGUCAGAGAGGCUGUCAAGCUGGGUCGCGAUGAUGUGUGGAAGAACCUCGCCGUGCUCGUCGGCCUGCCCUGGCUCAAGAGAAAGUUGGACGAGGGCUACGACGUCCACGCCGCCCACGCCAACCUGCUCGGCCCCGGCUACAACCGCGAAAGAGAAGGACUCAGAGCCGGCGCGACCAUCAAAGAGCGUCUGAUGCACUAUUACAAGUGGUUUCUGCGCAACAUAUACCCCAGCGUCAACGCUGCCUACUACUUCUCACUGCUCGUCUUCAACAUGGCAUAUCUGUUUGACGGCACAAAGUACCACUCGCCCUUCAUGUGGCUCAUUGGCUCGAGGAUACGUAGACUGGGCGAGGCCGACCACAAGGCAAUUGAGCUGGCCACGGCCCCACGAAACAUUGGCCCUGCGCGGCCCGGCGAGGGCGGAUCCAUCUUCUCGCCGAGGAAUCUUGCCAGGAGCGUGCAGCCACGGCUGUUGAGUUCGCUCAAGAUCCUGCUCCCUACGAGCAUAUUUGCGCUCAAGUUUCUUGAGUGGUGGCAUGCCUCGGAUUUUGCCCGGCAGUUGUCACGGAAGGCAGCAGAGAACAUUGAGCUACCGCCACCAAUACUACCUUCGCUACCACCCUCGGCCAAACAACAGGGGUCCAAGCAGAUGGACGGUUCCGAGAAACCACGACCAACAUCAUCAUCGUCCGACAAAACGCCGCGCAUCGAUCCCCCAAUAUCCUCAACCACCCUCCUGCCCAUAUUCACAGUAGCGUCACCGCCGUCUUCGGCGCUGUGUCCUAUUUGUGUGACACCCAUUGUCAACCCAACAGCAUCGCCCACAGGUUUCGUGUACUGCUAUACGUGCAUACAUCGCUGGGUUGACGGAGAGCAUGAUCGUCAGACUGCCUUUAUGGAAGGUGGCGCUGGAUUCCGAGCCGGGGACGACGAAGAGGGAGGUGAUGAAGGCUGGGGCAAAGAAGAAGGCAGCCGAGAAGGUAGAUGGGAGAGUGGGAAGGGGCGAGACGCGGUGACGGGGAGACGGGUGCUCGGAGGAACCGAGGCACUCAGAAGAGGAAAAGAAAGCUUUACAGAAUUUUGGGCCUUUCCAAUCAUGUCCCAACCCAUACCGACAGGUCACCCUGUCACCAAUUUUGCAGCCGAUAUCACAUCGCAAGUAGAGGGCUUUGUUCAAGCGCAAGACAUUGCAGAGGAGGCAAUUGCCAGAGACCUCGAGCAAGACAAUGCACUAGCUUCGGAUGAUGAUUCCUCGUCAGGCUCAGACACGGCGACCCAAUUUUCCAUGAUCAAUUCUUACCGCCGGCCUUCCUGGGUAAAUCCCGGCUCGCGAUCAACAGCAAUCAUCUCAUCGAGCGUACCCGAACGCAGCCACAUGUCAACGUCGUGGAAAAAGCACAGCCAUCUGUCCAAGCGAGAGAGAGAGCUUGUGCGCAAUGAGGAAAAGAGUUUACUUCGCGACAAUGAUUUGCUACCGCCCAAACAUCCGAGAUCCGAGAGUAACGGUCCAUUUGAUCGUUUAAGGUCCGACAUGCCCAUCCUUGGCCUGCGCAGGGUCAAAAGCACUCCGGAUGAAGAGAGCGCCAUCGAAUCCCUGUCCGAGCGAACUGCCCUACUAGGCGCUUCUGCUGGUAACCCAAGCCAGCCAUAUGGUGGUUUGGAUACACCAAAGGUUAUCCACAAGAAAUGGGACGAGGCGGUUGCAGCCGGAAAAAUCAACACAACCUGGCAGCGCGAAACAAAAGUCUUGACCAAAACAUCGGCGCCACUAAUCCUGACCUCUUUGCUGCAGUACAGUCUGCCCGUAGCCAGUAUCUUCACCGUUGGACAUAUUGGCAAGACUGAACUCGGAGCUGUGAGUCUGGCUAGUAUGACUGCCUCCAUCACCGGAUAUGCAGUAUAUCAAGGCCUGGCAACUUCACUAGAUACCCUUUGUGCACAAGCCUAUGGCUCUGGACGUAAACAUCUCGUCGGUCUACAGCUGCAACGCAUGCUGUACUUUUUACUAUUAAUCACCAUCCCAGUCUCCAUAAUAUGGGCAUUCGGUACCCAGAUCCUGUCCCUGAUUGUUCCGGAACACGAAACGGCACGUCUAGCUGGAUUGUACUUGAGAAUUCUUAUCGCUGGAGGACCUGGCUACGUCGCUUUCGAAGGCGGAAAACGCUACGUUCAAGCACAAGGCAUUUUUAACGCUACCAUGUAUAUUCUUCUCAUCUGCGCACCGCUCAAUGCCUUUUUGAACUGGUUCAUGGUUUGGCAUCUCGGCUGGGGAUUCAUCGGCGCACCGAUUGCAGUCGUCAUUACCGAGAACUUGCUACCUCUCCUCCUAUUCCUCUACGUCCGCUUCAUCGAUGGUUACCAAUGCUGGGGCGGAUUCGACCGCCGAGCUCUUAACAACUGGAUGCCCAUGAUUAAGCUCGCGCUUCCUGGCCUGGUCAUGGUACUUGCCGAGUUUCUCGCUUUUGAGAUUCUAACUCUGAGUUCAAGUUGGCUGGGUCCUACUGAGCUUGCUGCACAAUCUGUCCUUGGAACGAUUACCGGCAUCACAUUCCAGAUCCCAUUCCCUAUGAGUAUUGCUGCCUCGACGCGCAUUGCCAACUUGAUUGGUGCGACUCUUGCCGUACCUGCGAAAACGGCCGCAAAGGUAGCUGUUUUUGCGUCUAUUUUGGUCGGCAUAUUCAACCUCAUGUUCCUUUCUCUACUUCGAGAAGCAAUUCCGCGUUUGUUUACUCCCGAUGAAGAGGUCAUUGCCAUGGUGGCCAAUCUCCUCCCUCUUUGCGCUACUUUCCAAGUCGUCGAUGCCCUCGCCGCCAACUGCAACGGUAUCCUGCGUGGACUGGGCCGUCAAGAAAUUGGUGGUUAUGUGGGCUUGUUCGCAUACUACGUUGUCGGCAUUCCAAUCAGUUUUGGUACUGGAUUCGGACCGCUACAUUGGGGACUAUACGGUCUUUGGAGUGGUCCUGCAAUUGCACUAGCCAUUGUCUCCGCAAUCGAAGGCUGGUUUAUCUGGCAAACAAGCUGGGAAAAGGCCGUUGAAGCCGCAAAGGCACGCAACUCUGCUAACUAA